UCUCCGGCCACACGUCGAUCUUCAGUUGCAUAAAUGAAACGCAUAUAUAAAAUCAUCUUCAUUCUUCCCAAUGCAUCAAUAAAGAUUAAAGAGGGAAACCCUGAAGUCUUUUAAGCUUUUAUUCCCGGGAAAAAAAACAAAGUAAGAGCAGUUUUCGCACAAAGUUGUGUUUCAGGCUUUAAACAAUGGCGGUAGGUACAGUCGAAGAACCCAUGCUUUCCAGGCUUGAUCGUCUCGAUACCAUUGUGAGGCAAUUGGAAGAGAUACGAGGGGGAAACAGAACACCGAAGAGUUCUUGUGCAUCGACACCAUCGAGUGGCACACUGACUAGCGAAGGUCAAAUAUCAUCCAUUGAUUUCUCUCCCAGGAGCUUAGAGAAGCACUGUCGUCCGAUUGACGACGUGAUAGUGGAGACAGGAGUCAAAGGCACACUCAUCGAGAGGCUACUUUAUGUGGAAGAGCGUGUAGCCAAGUUGUGUAUGCAGAUGGAAGAGGAGAUAGAAGGGGAGAAGAGGAGACUUGUUGAAGAAGAAGCUAUGAAGAAGAAGACGACGACGACAGAGAGAAAGAAAAAGCGAGGGUUGAAGGAGUUGGUCAAAUCUUGUGUUACAGGCAACAAUUCAUCGAAAAGAAUGUAAAUCAAGUUUUUUAUCACUUGUUUUGUUUCUCCUUUCUUGAAGUUGGAAGUUUUUUUUUCUUUAUGAUUAGGAUUUUGAUUAAGUCUGUUCUUUCAAUUAUGGAUCCAUGUAUUUAACUUGCAUGAGUUAUAUAGAUGUAAUGGUUGUGAGCUUAAAAUAUGAUCAUCAUGAUUCAUGUAUCA